AUGUCACGAUAUGGAGAUUUCAAUCGCGAUCCCUGCCCAUGGGUAAUUUUAAAUGACACUGGAGGCGCGUUUUCCAUGGGAGCUAUUGGUGGUGGUAUAUGGCAUUUCGUCAAAGGUGCAAAAAAUUCACCCAAGGGAGAGCGAAUAAUCGGUUCAAUUGCAGCAGUAAAAGCUCGUUCGCCAAUUUUAGGCGGCAAUUUUGCCGUAUGGGGAGGAUUGUUUUCAACAUUCGAUUGUGCAAUAAAAGGAAUAAGACAAAAAGAAGACCCAUGGAAUUUAAUCGCAAGUGGCUUCUUUACAGGUGGUGUUUUGGCUGCUAGAGGUGGUGUUGGUGCAGCAACAAGAUCAGCUUGUUUUGGUGCAAUCGCUUUAGCACUCAUUGAAGGUGUAUCAUUUGCUGCUGAAAGAUUUAUGGGUCCACCACAAAUGAUGCAGGUUUCCGAAAUGCGACCACCAUCUCCAAGUCCUUAG